AUGGCCCCCCUCCGCCUCCUCCGCGCCUGCCCGCGCCUCUGCGCCCCGGCGCGCCGCUCCUGGGGCCCCGGGUCCAAGGGAGGCGUUUGCUAUUUUUCAACCAGCACGUGUCGCCAUACCAAGUUUUACAAAGAUCCCGUGGAAGCUGUAAAAGAUAUCCCUGAUGGUGCAAAGAUCCUGGUUGGUGGUUUCGGGCUGUGUGGCAUUCCAGAGAACCUCAUCGGAGCUUUGCUGAAGACCGGGGUCAAAGGACUCACCGCAGUCAGCAACAAUGCAGGGGUUGACAACUUUGGCCUGGGCCUUUUGCUCCGAAGCAAGCAGAUAAAGCGCAUGAUCUCUUCGUAUGUGGGAGAAAAUGCAGAAUUUGAGCGACAGUAUUUAUCUGGUGAAUUAGAGGUAGAGCUGACACCUCAGGGCACGCUGGCAGAGCGGAUUCGUGCUGGCGGCGCCGGAGUUCCUGCCUUUUACACCAGCACAGGCUAUGGGACGCUGGUGCAAGAAGGAGGGGCGCCGAUCAAGUACAACAAGGAUGGCAGCGUCGCCAUUGCCAGUAAGCCACGAGAGGUGAGGGAGUUCAACGGUCAGCAUUUCAUUCUAGAGGAAGCCAUUACAGGGGAUUUUGCCUUGGUGAAAGCCUGGAAGGCAGACCGUGCAGGAAACAUAAUUUUCAGGAAAAGUGCACGGAAUUUCAACCUACCCAUGUGCAAAGCUGCCGGAACCACAGUGGUGGAGGUUGAAGAAAUUGUAGAUGUUGGAUCCUUCGCCCCAGAAGACAUCCAUAUUCCUAAGAUUUAUGUCCAUCGCCUUAUAAAGGGAGAAAAAUAUGAGAAGAGAAUUGAGCGUUUAUCAACCCGGAAACCGGAAGAUGUAAAAGCCAAAUCCGGGAAAGCUGGAGAUAAUGUGAGGGAGCGCAUCAUCAAGCGGGCAGCUCUUGAAUUUGAGGAUGGCAUGUAUGCCAAUUUGGGCAUAGGAAUCCCACUUCUGGCCAGCAACUUUAUCAGCCCAAAUAUGACUAUCCAUCUGCAGAGUGAAAAUGGAAUCUUGGGUUUGGGUCCAUAUCCAUUCGAAAAUGAAGUUGAUGCAGAUCUAAUCAAUGCAGGCAAGGAAACAGUGACUGUGCUUCCAGGAGCCUCUUACUUCUCCAGCGAUGAGUCAUUCGCGAUGAUUAGAGGAGGACAUGUCAACCUGACCAUGCUAGGAGCCAUGCAGGUUUCCAAAUAUGGCGACCUGGCGAACUGGAUGAUCCCUGGGAAGAUGGUGAAAGGAAUGGGAGGUGCUAUGGAUCUGGUGUCCAGUGCCAAAACCAAGGUGGUGGUUACCAUGGAACAUUCUGCAAAGGGAAAUACACAUAAAAUCAUGGAGAAAUGUACAUUGCCAUUGACUGGAAAGCAGUGCGUCAACCGCAUCAUCACUGAAAAGGCUGUGUUUGAUGUGGACAGCAAGAAGGGGCUGACUCUGAUUGAACUCUGGGAAGGCCUGACAGUGGACGACAUCAAAAAGAGCACUGGGUGUGACUUCGAAGUUUCACCAAAACUCAUGCCAAUGCAGCAGAUCACAAUUUGA